AUAUCUGAUUGGAAGAUACUGGUUUUGUCAGGAAUUUAUCUUUUCCUUUUUGAGCAGCAGCAACAACAACAAAAAAAGAAAUGGAUUCAUCAACAGUUCGAAUCAUCUCAGAAUGUUUUGUUAAACCACAUGAUGUUUCCGAACAACCAAAACAGCCAUUUUAUCUCACAACAUGGGAUAUUGUCAUGCUUUCCGUACACUACAUCCAAAGGGGUCUUCUCUUUGCUAAACCACCACCAGGGGAUUAUUGUGAACAAAAAAUGAUAAACAAGGUCUUGGGGAGGCUCAAGAAAUCCCUUUCCAUUGCCCUCCUUCAUUUCUAUCCCUUAGCAGGUCGGCUUGCAACAAACAUAGAACAAAAUCCAAAGUCUCAUCUCGUAUUUGUCGAUUGCAACAACAGCCCAGGAGCCAAAUUUAUACAUGCGGCUGUUGAUAUGUCCGUGUCCGACAUUGUUUCCCCUACUUAUGUUCCGUUGGUUGUUCAAUCGUUCUUUGACCAUGAUCGAGCAAUCAACUAUGAUGGUCACACCAAGCCUUUGUUAUCGAUUCAGGUCACUGAGCUGGUAGAUGGGGUGUUCAUAGGUUGUUCCAUGAACCAUGCUGUUGCCGAUGGAACCACCUUCUGCCAUUUCAUCAACACAUUAUCCGAAAUAUUUCAGGCCCAAGGAGAUAAUAUAAAAAUCUCACGCCCCCCAGUGUUGGAGAGAUGGUGUCCAGAGAGUAACAAUGGCCCAUUGCUUACCCUUCCUUUCAGUCACCAAGAUGAGUUCAUCACCAGAUUAGAAACACCCCAUGUUUUAGAGAGAAUAUUCCAUUUCUCAGCCGAGUCCAUUGCAAAGCUCAAAAAAAAGGCUAACGUAGAAUCUAACACCGCCGAAAUCUCCUCCUUUCAGGCUUUAUCUGCAUUUGUGUGGCUGUCCGUAACAAAGGCUCGUCGUUUUCCAUGUGAAACUGUCACUGCUUGCACGUUGGCUAUGAACAAUAGGUCAAGACUUGAACCACCAUUAUCCCCUAAUUACUUUGGGAACUCAUUUCAAACCGAGACAGUAAUGACCACAGCUGGUGAACUGCAUGAACAUGGUCUCGGUUGGGCUGCUUGGAAAUUGAACCAAGUCGUGGUUAACCACACAGACAAAUCCAUCCGUGGUUUCGUCAAUGAUUGGCUUCGUUCACCUUUCGUUUACCAGUGUCUUACACAUUUAUAUGCACGAAGUGUGCUUAUUGGAAGCUCGCCAAGGUUCAAUACGUAUGGAAACGAGUUUGGGUUAGGGAAAGCACUUACAGUUCGAAGUGGAUUUGAUAAUAAGUUUGAUGGGAAAGUUUCACUGUAUCCGGGCCUUGAAGGUGGAGGAAGUAUUGACAUGGAAAUUUGCCUUCCACUGUCUUCAAUGAAAGCUCUUGAAUCAGAUGAAGAGUUCAUGGCUGUUGUUUCUUCACCCAUUUGAUGUUGUUUGUCCCCUGCGUUUCAUGUUUUUAUUUUGUUUUAAAAUUUCAGUUCUGACGUA